GCACUGUGCAAGGACAAGCAAAUACUCAAAUAGCUCAAAAAAUGCCGAUUGCUAUAGCUUCGUAGCUAAAGGAUACCAUGUUUUCUAGUCAUGCACAUCUGAAAAGACGCACACCUGAGAAAGGAAUCCCACGUUCUGAUUACAUUGAACAUCUGGUAGAAGAAUAUCACACCACUACAAACAUUGAGGCCAAGGAACAAGUGACUGCUAAUUUGGCUAAUUUUGCUUAUGAUCCUAUAAAUUGGAGGUAUCUAAAAGAAUCUGGUACCUUAGACGUGUUUGAAGAUUGCAUGAAGGGUCCAAAUGAGCGUUUACAGUUACACGCUAUUGCCGGUUAUUGCAACAUAUGCUUAGAUCCUGUAGCAUUUCAAUUUAUUACAAAUUUAGAGAUCCUCGCUCAAAUAAACAACCUGCUUCACGCAACGGAAUCAGCCGACAUACAGCUUAAUUGCAUAGCUCUGUUAUAUCAGUUACUCACAGCUGACUUUUGUACAAAAGAACAGAAAGCUUUAAUUGCUAUACCCAGCUUGAUAAAACAAAUUACACAACUACGAAACGAAAGCACAGAUCCGAGAGUAAAGAAUAUCGCGACACUGUUUUGUGAAGAUUUUGGAUCGCGUAUAGAGGAGGUAGAAGAUUUCAAAAAUGUACUCGCAACUUUUAAAACGCUUAAUAGUCAAGUAGCGACGAAAUGUAGAGAGAUUACUGUAGUAAAAAGGUUCACACAGGAAGAACUAGAUCAAUUUUCUACGCUUACCGCCGAUUAUAAUCCUAUACAUUCUACAGAGACAUCAAUAACCGAACGUAAAGUUCAUGGUGCUUUCCUCAAUGCCAUUGUGGCUGGCAUAAUUGGUUCACAAAUACCUGGGCCGGGUACUAUUGUUUUAAGUCAAAAGUUUAGAUUUCCUAAUGCAUGCCGUGUUGACAAAGCUGUAAAUAUUACUGUUCGUUUGGUUAAUGAACGCAAAAUUGCUUUAGUGGAAUAUGAGUGUAAACAGGAUGAGGAACUUGUUUUCAUUGGCGAAGCUAAACUUUUAAUAAAACAAUGAUAUAACUUAGAA